GAGCCGCGAUGGCGGCGGGAGGUGGUGUGCCGAUCGAGGAGCGUGUAGGGCAGGUGGUGCUGCCCGGGGACGUGCUGGUUCUCCCUGCGCACCCCGACGAGGACGGGGAGCGACUGCGGCUGGGCGCUAGCCCGGCCCCGCCGACCAGGCUACUCUGCGGGCCGGGCCUGCGGCGGUGCGACGCCGGGCUGUUGGUGACCAAAUGCGGCCUGCUGCGGCACCGGCAAGCGGCCGGUGGCGCCUACUGGGUGGACUCGCAGCAGAAGCGGUAUGUUCCGAUCAAAGGCGACCACGCAAUAGGAAUAGUGACGGCCAAAGCGGGGGACGUGUUUAAGCUGGACGUCGGUGGGAGCGAGCAGGCGUCUCUGUCCUACUUGGCCUUUGAAGGCGCCACGAAGAGGAAUAGGCCGAACGUGCAGGUGGGAGAUCUUAUUUAUGGUCAGUUCGUUGUAGCAAAUAAAGACAUGGAACCAGAGAUGGUCUGCAUAGACAGCAGUGGAAGAUCAAGUGGAAUGGGAAUAAUUGGACAAGAUGGCUUCCUCUUUAAAGUUUCUUUAGGUCUAAUAAGAAAACUCUUGGCUCCCAAAUCUGAAAUAAUUCAGGAGUUGUCACAGUUGUACCCAUUUGAGAUGGUCCUGGGAAUGAAUGGAAGAAUAUGGGUAAAAGCCAGAACAGUUCAACAGACUUUAAUUAUAGUAAAUAUUUUGGAAGCCUGUGAGUAUAUGACUGCAGAACAGAGAAAACAAGCAUUUGCCAAAUUGUCAGGGAAUUAAUAAAAGAAAGCCUUGAGGAUUUGUUUGA